AUGGAAACUGCAGUACAACCCGACGCCCUUCUCCACUCCUUCAUCACCAAGACUCUACGAGUAACUACGAAUGAUACUAGGAUGUUUGUUGGGGAGUUGAAGUGUACUGAUCGCGAUGCAAAUUUAAUACUCGCAAGAACACACGAAUACCGGAUUCCGAAGUUUAAGUUGGAGGAUAUGGGGAGGAAAGUUGAUUUGACGUCUAGGUACUUGGGAUUGGUGGUUGUUAUGGGGGUUGAUAUCUCUAGGAUUGAGGUUGAGGAGAUUGGGAGGGCCAGUGAUGGGGAUGAUGGGAUGGAGGUUUAG